AUGACAUCUGCACUCGCUGUCACGUUGUCGUCUGUUCACGUCGCCGACGUCCUCGUGUCGUACGCCGUCGUCUUCUUCACACAGAGACCUCACGCCGCCGUCUGCAACACAAACCAAAAAAAAAAAAGAAAAAAAAAAUCCAGUCGCCGCCGUCGGAGCCAGCCGAAACGACGCCACCAAAGCCGUCGAUUUCGAAGCUUCCUCUCCGGCGAGAGGAUAGACGAUGGGGCGGUGCGGCAGGUCGGAGCAAACCGCCGCCGUCGGACCGCCGUCGCCGUCGCGCCGCGGCGAAGCAGACACAUCUCUUCGUCUUCCUCCGCCGCCGCCUUGCAUAACCUUCGUCCGCCGGCUCGCCGCCUCAUUUCUGUAAGUCGGCUCGACGUCUCGUCUCCGUCAACAAGCACGUAUCUUCCUCUCCGUCCAUCACUGCGUCGCAAUGCCGCCGUCCGCUGUCGUCCGUCCCGCGUCGCUUCGGUUCCGUCCGCCGCCGUGUCGCUUCACCCCCGUCAGCCGCCGUGUCGUCUCGCCUCCGUCAGCCGCUGCCUUUGGUCGGAGUGUGUGUUGAUUGAGUUUAGUGAGUGGCUAAGCUCCUUUGGAAUAGCCACAAGCUUGAUCAUAUACCUUCCGAAAGUGAUCGGUCAAGACGUGAAAACGGCCGCAAAGAACGUUAACUAUUGGUCGGGCGUCACUGCCACAAUGCCAUUGGUUGGCGCUUUUCUUGCCGAUUCUUACAUCGGCCGGUUUUGGACUGUCAUGGCUGCCUCCGCUCUCUAUCUCCUGGGGUUGCUCUUGCUGACCAUGACAAGUGUGGCCCCUGCCCUGAAGCCCUGUGCUGGCGACACCUGUCCCGAGGCUCGGAAAAUCCACGCGACGUUCUUCUUCCUCGCGAUUUACCUAAUCGCGAUAGCAAGUGGCAGCCACAAGCCGACCCUCGAGAGCUUCGGUGCCGACCAAUUUGACGACGACCACCCGGAGGAGCGCAAGAAGAAGAUGUCCUUCUUCAACUGGUGGAACUCUGCAUUGUGUGCCGCGUUAAUAUUUUCGUCGACCGUGAUCGCCUAUGUGCAGGACCACGUUAGUUGGGCCGCGGCCGAUGUCGUUUUCAUCUCCGUCAUGGGCUUUUCGGUGGUGCUAUUUUGGGCUGGUCGGCCGCUCUACCGCUUCCAAAAGCCCGCGGGUAGCCCAUUCACGCCGCUAGCUCGUGUGCUUGUCGCCGCUUUUGUCAAGAGGAAGCUUCCAUGGCCGUCGGGGAGUGAUGGGCUUUACGAGGUUCCGAUGGGGGACAAGGCGGCUCGGGGGAGGCUCCUUGUCCGCACGGAUCGACUCAAGUUUCUCGACAAAGCUGCAAUCAUCGAGAACGGACAACAAAGCCCGCCCGACGAGCCAAACCCGUGGAGACUAGCGACCGUGACUCAAGUCGAGGAGCUAAAGCUCGUCCUCAACGUGAUCCCCAUUUGGAUGACAACCGUACCCUUCGCCACAAGCCUAGUGCAGGCGACCACGUUCUUCAUCAAGCAAGGGUUGACGCUCGACCGCACGCUCGGUCGACACAACUUCUCCAUCCCGCCCGCCUCAAUGUACGCCUUAUCCUCGGUCGGCAUGAUUGCCAUGAUCACAAUUUACGAUUACGCCCUUGAGCCCUUCGCUCGGAAAAUCACGGGCCACGAGAGGGGCAUAACCAUCCUCCGGAGGAUCGGCAUCGGCAUGGCCGUAUGCAUCCUCACCAUGUCGGUGGCGGCCGCCGUCGAGCGGCGGCGGCUUGACUUGGUCCAACGGGACACGGCCCGCGGGUCAACCUCGAUGAGCAUUUUCUGGCUAGCACCACAAUUUUUGCUAAUCGGGAUAGGGGAUGCGUUUGCGUUCGUCGGGCUUCAAGAAUUUUGCUACGGCGAAUUGCCCGACUCGAUGAGGAGCUUGGGGGUCGCGUUGUACUUUUGCAUGCUUGGGGCCGCGAGUUUCGCGAGCAGUCUUUUGAUAACGGUGGUAGACCGUGUGACGAGAAUUGGUGGGAAGAGUUGGUUCGGAAAGGAUUUGAAUAGUAGUCAGCUCGACUGUUUUUAUUGGUUGUUGGCCGGGAUCACGGCUUUGGAUGUUUGCGUUUUCGCGGUCCUUGCUAGCCGAUACACGUACAAGAACGUGAGGAGGUCGACGAGGAACGCGGUUGCCGAUUGUUAUGAGGGGGAAGAUUGUGUUGAAACAUUGGCUUAG